AUGUAAUAAGAAAAAUUAAUUCGAAAACUUUAUAUCUUGCCUAAAGUUGAAAGCUGCGUGAGAUUAGAUUUGGAUUUUAGAAUGAAUACUCCAGUGCAUAGCAUGGCUAACAAGUAUUAUUAAGGGUGUUAUCCUAAAACAACCAGAUCUGCUAGGUCUGAUGAGUUGAUAAAUACACCAACCGUGACGAUUAUCACAAUUUCGUCAGGAAAAAAAAUUUAAUUCUAUGCUCCAAUGUAAGAAAGUAAAAGAGCUUAACGUUUAAAGAAUGUUCCUUAUGAAUUAUAGUAUUUUUAAACUAAGUUACCUACAAAGAUCUUUAAAUCUAGUCAUUUGAUGAGUGAAGAUUUAUUAAAUUAGCCAAGUGAGUCGAUCAAUAAUCAACAGAAAUGGUAGAUGCGUUCACAUAUUAAUAAAAUGAAUAAGCCUUUUACAUCUUAUUAAAAAAAAAGAAGUGAGUAGAAAUUGAUGAAAUAAAUUAAAUCAACAGAUGAUUUAAUAUUUAAUAAAUAAUAAACUGAGGAGAUUGAUGUAAGCUAAAAAUUAAAAGUAUUAUUAACUUUAUUAACAUUAGAGAUAUCAUCAAUACAAAAGAGCAACUUAAAAUCUAAUAAGACAGUUUUCAAACACAAACAAUAUAAAUUAAUAAUUAUGUUGUGAUCUCUAACAUACAUAAUAAUGA